AUGUCGGCAGCCCAGCGCAUGCCUGUCCUAGGAGGCACUCUUGCCAUUGGAGUCACUGGUGCCGCUAUGGCUCUGAUACCUUCUUUCCGCGAGGCCGUGACUCGCUACUUGGGCAUCUCAGCCCCUGGCGGUGUUUGGCGUAUCCUGGCCAUCUUCUUUGCAUUGCUGAGUGUUAAGAGUCUGCCCUUUGUCUGGCAUUUCCGCGUCUUCAAAAACCUCAUCUGGCACCUCUACCUCCAACCCACCCACCUCAAACAAUCCCACCUCUUCGCUCCCAUAAUCACAACCUCGCACAACUCCAUCUCCGAAUGCGACUACAACUUCCACAAGAGCAACUCGACCUACUUUGCCGACCUCGACGUCAGCAGAGCAGCCUUUGUCGGAGUCUUACUCAAGAAGUCCCUCGCUCGCUUGAAUGGUGGAGAUCUCACCGGUCUGCCCGAAGAAGCAAAGAAAGUCAAGGGCACAUAUAUCGUAGCCCUGGGAGGCGUAGGCUGCGUAUUCAGAAAAGAAAUCAAGCCACUCGAGAGAUUCGAAGUAUGGACCAGACUCCUCUCCUGGGACGACAAAUGGAUCUACAUUGUCAGCCACAUUGUCAAGCGCGGCGCAAAGAAACCCUCAAACUACUUCUUGCAAUCAUGGAGAAACGGAAAAGCCGGCAAGGGCAANAAGAGCAAGGCAGACGGAGAAGACAAGAUCAAGAGCAUCUACGCAACCAGUCUUGCCAAAUACGUCGUCAAAAAGGGAAGAUUGACAAUCGCUCCCGAGAUCGUGCUCAGAAGAUCAGACCUCUUGCCGGAACGACCUGCCAAUGCGCCUGCCGCUCCCACCGUCUCAGAUACACCAACCUCCGAAGGAGAAAAACCAUACAUGUCGAGUCCCGAGAACCUCGUAGCGCAAGUGAUGGGCCAGCUACGUUCAGAAAACAUGUUCGACAAGGAAAAAGAAGCCAAAGAGGGAGAAAUGACUUGGAAAGAGGUGGAAGCAAAGAGACUCAGAGGACUGGAGAUUGCUCAGCACUUUGAUGGGCUCACUGCCUUGCAUGGAGAGUGGAAUGCUGAUGAUAAUGUCAUUGGCGAAUAUGGAGACUUCUUCUGGUAG